GAGGGGGGGUCUGGAUGUCUGAUGAGGAAUAAGGCCACAGCAUCUGUUAUUCAGCGUGGAUGUAAAUAUAUAUUUACACACAAAAAAAAAAAUCCAAGUCUUUUUCUCCGCAGCACGUGCGACGUUUAUCAGCGGUUUGGUUGCUCGUGCGCAUCUGAAACAAAACAAACGCAGGAAAUACUGAACGAUUCAUCGAUUAUUUUCUGUAAUCUGGAGGGAUUGUGUGAUAUUUAUUCGUGUCAUUAGGAUGCACCACAGGUUUUGUGGUCUGGGUCGAGUUAGAUGAUGAAAACGGGGGGCAGCUUUUUUUAUGGGGCAGAGAUGGACGUGAAAGCCUCGUCCGCCAUGGAAGCGUUGGUUCGCAUCAGCUCAAACAUGAAGAGCCUGGAGCAUGAGCUGCACUGUCCUGUGUGUAAAGAGAUAGUCAAACAGCCUGUGGUCCUGCCGUGCCAGCACAGCGUCUGCCUAAUGUGUGCCUCUGAGGUCCUAGUGGCAAAUGGCUACCCGCCUCCGGACCUCCCCCCAGAGCCCAACUCUCCAGCUUCCACCCCCAACACCCGCUCACCGCGUCAGGCUCGCAGGCCCACUCCCAAAGCUGAGCAGCGGCCUAUUGAUCGUGUGCUGCGAUCAGGUCCUCAUCCGCCAUCGCCAUCCAUGCCUCGUUCUCCUGGUCAUGGGGCGUACCCAGGGCGGCGCCGCAAGGAGGGCCCACCCCUGCUGAUGAUGUUCCCUUGCACCCUCUGCAGUCGCGACGUACAACUGGGCGAGAAGGGCCUCACUGACUGUCUCCGCAACCUCACACUGGAGCGAAUCGUGGAGAGGUACAGACACACAGUGAGCCUGGGCAGUGUUGCUGUGAUGUGUCAGUUUUGUAAACCGCCGCAAACUCUGGAGGCCACUAAGGGCUGCGCUGACUGCAGAGCAAAUUUCUGCAACGAGUGUUUCAAGCUCUAUCACCCAUGGGGGACGCCGCGGGCACAACACGAACACAUCCUGCCAACGCUCAACUUCAGACCAAAGGUUCUGACGUGCACGGAGCACGACCACGAGAAGCUGCAGUUUUACUGCAGAUCCUGCCAGCGGCUGCUCUGUCCUCUCUGUAAACUGCGUCGAAUCCACACCGGACACAAAAUCCUCCCCGUGGCUCAGGCUUACCAAGCUCUGAAGGAUAAGAUUGCUAAGGAGAUGAACUACAUUCUGUCUAACCAGGACACCGUUCUGGCUCAGAUCACACAGCUGGAGAGCUCCAUCACUCAGACUGAGGUGAACAGUGUGUCAGCCAGAGAGCAGCUGGCUCAGAGCAUCAGGGAUCUGACCGCUGCUCUGGCUGAGCGUCACGCCUCGCUCACCCAGGCUCUGGAGGCGGCGCGGCAGAAGCGAGGCGAGGCGUUGGCCGCUCAGGUGGCGGAGAGGCGGAGCUUAAUGGAACACGCUGGGCUCAUGGCGUUCACCCAGGAGCUGCUGAAAGAAACCGACCAGCCUUGCUUUGUGCAGGCCGCUCGACAAACUCACAACAGGCUGAGCAAAGCAAUUGAGAAUCUCCAGCAUUUCGCUUUAGCUGCUGAUCCAUCCUUCAGACACUUCCAGCUGGACGUCUCCAAAGAGCUUAAACUCCUGACAGAGCUGAACUUCAUCCAGGCUCCUCAGGCCCCAGUGAUUGACACCCAGCGCUCUCUGGCCUAUGAUCAGCUCUUCCUGUGCUGGCGACUGCCCCAAGAGUCUGCGCCCGCCUGGCACUUCUCAGUGGAGUACCGCCGCCGCGGCGUGGUACCAGGAGGAGCGUCCAGAGGCGGGAUCAGAGGAGGACUCGCUGCAGCUCGCUGGGGCUGGCAGCGCUUGGACGAAGUGAGUGGAACCAGUGCUGUGAUUGACAGGUUGGAGAUGGACAGUGUUUAUGUGCUGCGAGUGAGAGGCUGCAACAAGGCGGGGUACGGGGAGUACAGCGAGGAGGUGUACCUGCACACGCCCCCUGCACCAGUGCUGAACUUCUACUUGGACUCUCGCUGGGGUCUCCACGCCGACCGGCUGGUGGUCAACAAGGAGCAGCGCGGCGCUCGAAGCGUCCCCGGCCUCUCUCUGCUGCAGGCCGCUGACCAUUCUCUCACUUCCUGUCACCUGACGUCUGACCUCCUGGUGGGGGAUGUAGCCAUCACGCAGGGGAGGCACUACUGGGCAUGCUCAGUAGAGCCUGGAUCUUAUCUUGUGAAGGUGGGAGUGGGUCUGGAGUCCAAACUGCAGGAGUGGUUUCACCUCCCACAGGACAUGGCCAGCCCUCGUUACGACCCAGACAGCGGCCAUGACAGCGGCGCUGAGGAUAACAUGGACUCGGCGCCGCCCUUCUGCUUCCUUACGAUGGGGAUGGGUAAAAUAUAUCUGCCGCAACACAACCACCACCACCACAGCAGCCAUGGGAACAGCAACCGAGACCCAAUCACCAACGGCAACGGCCCCUCCUCUCCCGCAGGCCUCACCUACCCGCUGCCGCCCCGGCUCGGUGUGUGCCUCGACUUUGAGAAGGGUCGGGUCACCUUCUACGACGCUCACUCUUUGCGCCCACUGUGGGAGGGUCAUGUCGAUUGCUCUGGGCCCGUCUGCCCUGCUUUCUGCUUCAUCGGCGGGGGGGCGUUGCAGCUGCAGGAGCUGGUUGCCAACCGGAAUGCGGAUCAGACUCCGGUGAGGCGGGUAACCAUCCAACCCCGAGUCUCUAACCUGAACAACAACUGAUCCUCGACUGGAGGCUGUAACUGUAAUCUGGAAUGUAUUUGUGAAGUAUUUACUCAGCUAGAGCGAAAAUUUUAGACAUCUCAGCGAUUUUGUUAGGUCUUUUUAUGUUCUUGGAAAGGAAGGUGUUUCUAUUGCCACAAAUAUGCAAUGUAAUUAUGUUUCUUACCUUUUGUUACAUGCGGUUUUGCAAGAUUUAUUGCUUAAGUGGUGCCUGGUAAAUCCAGCACUUGUUAUGUAAUUACAUAUAAAUUUAGUGCUUGCAUCUAUAAAGCUAAUGUAGAUAAAGAGUUACACUUUUUUUUUCAUGCAGAAGCUUUAAUUGCUUUUUUAAAUGUCUUUAACGCUUUCCAUUUGCUUGAUAUAUAUGAAUAUUGCAUAAAGCCUAAAAUAUAUUAUUGCAUCUGAAUUUUUAACUAUUUAAUUAUUUUCUUCUAAGCCAAAGUUAUUGUUUUUAUGGGAUUUAAAUGUGGUAAAAAAUUAAAGGUAGGAACCAUGAGGCAAAACAGUAAUUAGAGACGCCAAUUACACCUCUG